GGUGUAUCCCGUCUCCCCUGUUUCUGCUCCGAUUGCAGUCUUAACGUGUUAGACAGUGUUUACAGUUUAUUAUGGGCAUGCUGAAGUGAUCUGCUCCUUUUUAACAAGUCUAGUUGUAUCUCAUCUGCAUAAUCCUAUUUCAACAUCCGUGUCCUAGUGGGAGCGCAGGAAGACACGAAAAAAAGAAAUAAAAACUGCAAUAUCCUUCGUGGUUAUUUUAAUACAUGACGGAGCGACUCUAUAGACCAGUGAUCCCGACUUUAAAAAUGCGGUUCGCAUUGAUAAUGGUGAUGCUUCUCCUCGCCAGUUUUGCUGAGGGCAAACAGAAGGAUUUUUACACUUUUAAGGUGGUGAAUAGCAGAGGGAAGCUGGUGUCUUUGGAGAAAUACCGGGGGUCGGUAUCGCUGGUAGUGAACGUAGCCAGCGAAUGCGGCUACACAGAGGAUCAUUACACUGACCUCCAGCAGCUCCAGCGAGACUUUGGCCCCUACCACUUCAACGUGCUCGCCUUCCCCUGCAACCAGUUUGGCCAACAGGAGCCUGGCAGCGACAAGGAGAUUGACAGCUUCGUGCGUCGAGUUUACGGUGUCAGUUUUCCCCUCUUCAGCAAGAUCGCUGUGGUGGGAAGUGGGGCGAACAACGCUUACAAAUAUCUGACUGAAUCUUCUGAAAAGGAGCCGAAUUGGAAUUUCUGGAAGUACCUGAUCGACGUGAAUGGGAAGGUGGUCAACGCGUGGGGGCCUACCACCCCUGUGAAGGAGAUCCGGCCACUGAUCGCAGACAUGGUGCGACACAUCAUCCUGAAGAAGAAAGUGGAGCUUUAGGGUGUUGAAGCGGAAAGCUUGACGAGGUCCGAUGGAGGAGGAAGAGGAGGAGGAGGAGUGACUGAAAAUCACAACUACAGGCCUGGUGCCACAUCCAUAGAGUGUUUUCAGGAAUGUCUAUGAAUCACACAAGAGUCUACAUAAAUGGGGCAAUUAAGGCCAGUCAUAAUGAAGAGUAACUUUAACAACAAGAAAACAACGAUGAAAGACAGCAUGUCUGCCUUUGCAUUCAACAUGAAAACACGUUAAUUUGUUUUGAGUAUCCAUUCAUCCAUCCAUCCAAAGUGUGCUCAUCCUGUUCAGGGUCUGGGGGCUGGAGCCUUCCCUUAAACUAUAUGGAAUUCAUUUCAUACUAUUAAUGCCUCGUAAAAGAGCAUUUUAACAAAAGGGAUAAUUCUGAAAGGGAUCAGAUAAGGUGAUCUGAACAGAAUUUUAAAAGCAAAAUACGCUGUGUGUUUCUUUCCACCGUCAUCGUUAUGACAUAACAGCCUGUGGUGACCCUUUGCUUCUGCAGAUGUCGUAGAACCAUGCAAAUACUGUCUCGUUGAUAAUCGCCUUUAUCGACGGGUGUAAUCAGCGAAACACGCUUCAUGCUAAAUUAUGGUCUUUUGGUGGUAAAUAGUGCCUUAAUCAUUAUAUUACACAGAGACACACGCCAUUGUGCUUGUUAGCUAGGAGGUGGGGCCCAGUGAGGGUCACGUUCCAUCCCAGUGAAUUUGCACAUCAACACACCUUGGCAGGAAAAACCGAAAAACAUCUGAUCUUCCGCGGUUGUGUUUCCUGCCGUAUAGCAGUCAUUUACAUAAACGCGUAAGUGUUACUGGGCCACCAUCCAAUUGCUCUGCCUGUCAUUGUCAUUCAUUGCCUUUUUAAUUUUAGAAAUUCUUUCAUCCUUAGUUCACUCAGCAGGGCACUGGCACCUUUGGGUUGUUCAUUUUAAGUGGCAUCAGUCUUCUUUUGUAAUUUUGUGUGUUUAGAAAUAAAAAAAUAAACUUU